AAGUUAUAAUUAAGAGUGUGGCAGGCCUCGCUGGAGGCGGUGGAUGCAGGACUGCCAAGAUGGUGAUAGCCGGAGCCACCACACUCUGGGUGGCGUCACAGAUACUGCGUCCAUGUUUGACACUGUCUAUGGUGGACUGUGGAUGGAGGUGUGACGCAUUAGGGCAGCAGAACAGGCGGUCUGCUGCAUGGAGGAAGACACUCUACAGACGGAAUUAGACUUCACUACGUGGCGUUGAGUGUUUUUCAAACGUGGGUGUCUUAUCUUUAGCAGCACCUGAAGGCAGCACGGAGGGGGCGCAGCGCGCUGACGUCACAGGACUGACUGUACGUGCCUCUGCUUCAGCUCAGAAGAAGUCACCACGCUCAGUCAGCCAGUUAUCACCGUGCAUCCAUGUUGCAUGUCCGCGGAGGAGAGCAGACACCCUGCGGCAAAUCCCACAGGAGGCUCCGGGUGCUCGCUGCUGCUGCCCGCGUCGUCUCCUGAACUCUUCGUGCUUUCCUCAUUCUUCUCCUUGUUUAUUUCGCCUUUCUGAGUGUCCUCUCCUCACUGAGCACCGGGGGAUGGGGGAAUGAUCAUCACCGACUCCCCUCCGCCGCCUUCUCUUCCUCCUCCUGCUCUUCCUUCAGUCGGUCUCCGUGUCCCCCGUCAGUCGUCGGAGCUCUGGCCAGGAUGCGGGCCCCGCUGCUCGGCCAGGUUGCGGUGUUUGCGGCCCUGUUGGCGCUGAGCACCUGCUUGACAGGAACUCAUCUGUGCCCUCGGAGUUUAGACUGUGCCCAGGCAGGGCGGCACUUCUGCCAGCCGGGCAGCUCACACUGCGGCCCCUGCCUUCACCACCUGGUAGAGAACUCCCAUGGCCGUUGUGUGGUCAAGAGGAGGCACGCUCCUCACCCUGCUCAGUCCAUUAAAGGUAAGGUUAGCACCUAUCCUGAGCUGGACGAGGAGAUCGACUUUCUCUCUGCCAUCAUCAGUGAACAGAGAACUGUGUCCAGGCUGCCAGCUUCACCCUUCCAGGACAUAUCCAAAUCCAUGCAGCUCAGUCAGUCCGGGCCCGCCCACGGAGCAUCAACUACAGAGCAGCCCACGAAGGCAGCAGUGUUCACCACCACUGUGGCUUCACCUACCCCAACCACUACUACCACCGCCACCACCACUACUACCACUACCACAAACCACACACCGGCUCUCCUCGACGAUCCCAUCAUCCUCCCUUACCCGUCCAAUGACAGUGUCUUCAUCAUCAUGAGCAGCGUCUUCAUCGUAGCUGGUUCGCUGGCUUUGAUCAUUGCAGGGGCCUGCUGGGUCAGAUUGCAGAAAGGUGUGCAUCUAACUCAGAAGGUGGACUACCCUGUAUAUGGACUGAUGAGAGCCCAAACCUUUGACAGUUUGCCUGGGGACAAGAAGCUGGCCCACAGUGCCCAAAUGUACCACUACCAGCACCAGAAGCAGCAGAUGCUCUCCCUGGAGAAACACAGGGCUGAGCCAAAAGUUCCCGACUCAGGAGCAUCAACAGAUGAGGAGAACGAGGACGGAGAUUUCACAGUGUAUGAGUGUCCUGGAUUGGCACCUACGGGGGAAAUGGAGGUGAAGAACCCGCUGUUUGACGACUCCACCCUUUACUUUCAGAGGUUCCACAAGUAAACCUGGACUGGAGAAUGCAGUACUUCUGGUGUACAAGUAGUUCAAUUUACACAUAUAUAAACACACUCCACACAGUGCUGUGCUCAGCCCAAGCCUUUUAACAGACAGGAUGGAGCGUGUAAGGUACACGGAGGAGGAAGAUGAUAAGGAGUGAGGCAUUCAUGGACAUUUAAAAGGACGUCAGUGUGUUUGUUGUUUGAAGCAGGACUGAAUCUGGGACCAAUUUCUCCUGUUUUUAUUUUGUCAUCACUUUUUCAUAUUUCUGUUCACAAAAAUACAAUCAGCCAAUAUCAAAGAACCCAGAAUCUCUUCUGUCAGGUAGCAGACAUGCAUAUUGAUAUCAGUACAAAGACAUGAUUAUCCACGUUUAUUCAUCAGUAAAAACUUUCAUUCUUUCUUGAGUUCUCACUUUAAGCGCUGGUUUCAUUUAAGUAUUUUUAAAAAGAAAUGUGAUUUUAAUAUUUCCUGAACACACCUCCAUGGAGCACCGUGAUCUUCUUUAUAAGUAUGGUAUGUAACCAUCGUGUCUAGUUCCUCUAUGCAUGAAUUGAUGAUGCUGUGUUAUGAAACAUGAGAGUCAAUAUGCAUUUACAACUUUACAAGUUUCUUGUGCAAACUUGCUACUGAUAAUAAAUAAAUAAAUAAAUGUAUAUAUG